GAAACACGAGACGCGCUCUGUGCACCUGUCUUACCUGCUUGCGCGCAACACAUCCGCAGACACCUCGGUGAAAUUCUCUCGAAGCCUGAGACAUGUCUCAUCACAAGCCUCUACGAACAGGCUUCUUGGAUCUACAGAUGUUUGUGUGUUUUCUCCGGCACUCGGAAGCGCAGUCAUGAUGCAGCACAAUAGGAAGUACUCGCCACCGCGCUUCUGCGCCGUCGGGUCACCGCUAGCCCUGCCUCAACUGAACCGAUUACCCACUCUUCAGGUAGAAAAAGCUGAGCUGAUGGAGAAUAAUUCACCGAAAGCCAAACCCAAAAUGCGAAAUGCCAAGGUGAAGGCGGUGAGGAGAGCUCCGUCUCCCCAGAGGCCUCGAGUCUUUCCAAACCCUGCGCAAAGCGACGCGCUACUGAAGGUGGCAGAGAACGGGGCAGCCGGACAGCGGUCUAGAAAGAGGGGCUUCAAACCCCCGGAUGUGAGGACUAUAUUCGACCCCCGGGUGAAAGAGGAGAAAGGAGAAGGACACACGUUUUGUGAGGACGCGACGUACGCUUGGUGCGAUGUGUGUUGCUCGUAUAUUUUUAACGGUGGCUUGACAUGUACAGGUUGUAAAUACACGUGUCAUGCUCAGUGCCGUGACCAGGUGGCGCUAGACUGUCAUCAGAACGGAUCCAUUAAUGGCUGCCCACUCAACCCUCUUGCUCAGGACCAUCUUAACAACAAUCAGUCCUCAGACAGCGAUGUGGAGAAAGAGAAAGAGCUGCGCACUCAUCUCACUUGUGAGGACAUCAGACAGAAGGUUGAGCAGUACAACACAAAGUCACGUGACCACUUUAAAAUGACACUGAAUACUAACGGCAUGUACACAGGCUUCAUCAAGGUGCAGUUGGACCUGCGGAGGCCCAUCACAGUGAAAGGAGGUGGGGUAGGUGGGGUCAAAGGUCAGGAGGCAUUUUACCUUCCGCGUGGCUCCAUAAACACCCUGCACAUCAGUAGCACCAACACUGUGCGGCAGGUGAUCGAAGCGCUGCUGAGAAAGUUCACCGUGGCCGACAACCCCGCCAAGUUCGCCUUGUGCAAACGCUUCAGCAGAGAAGACCAAGUGUACACCUGUAAGCUCUCAGAGGAAGAACACCCUCUCUUCCUGCGUCUGGUGGCGGGACCCAGCACAGACACACUCAGCUUCGUCCUGAAGGAGCAGCAGACUGGUGAAGUCCUGUGGGACGCCUUUUCCAUCCCCGAGCUGCAGAACUUCCUCCGUAUUUUGGAUAAAGAGGAACAGGACCAGAUGAGCUCGAUAACCAGACGCUACAAUGCCUACAGAGAGAAACUGGAGGAGGCCAUGAGAGCGACGGGUGGCCCUGGAUAAAACCAGCAUGUUAUGAGAAGGAACUGUAGCACUGCUGCCUCUAGUGCUCACUGUGUGUAAUGAACACACACCCAGUCUCAGAAACUCAAAGGAGAGCACUGAGCUCCCAGAAUGCACCUCAGGUGCCAAAUUUACCCAUCCACCCUCUUUCACACUUUCAGUUGUUUCCCAUGUUCUCUGUUCUUUUACCUCUUGUGAAAGAUGCAAACGUGAAAAUCAGAUUUGUUUUUUUAUUUAAUUGUUGGAUGCUGUGGUUUGUACAUAUUUCUGUUUGUUUUAAUUUAUGUGGGGGAUUUUUAUUUUAUUUUACUAAGAGUCUUAUUUGUUUUUUAAAUUUACUAAGUGUCCAGAAACUGAGAAACUAGUGGGAUUGGGGAUUUAUUUUAUGUUAUUAUAUUUUAGAUUAAAUACAAAAUGACUCCUAAUGUGCCCUACCAAAGAUAGUGUUGAUGUGCUGUUGACAAAAUGAUGAUAACCUGCUGGCCACAUGAGACCCAACGGACAGGAAGCGCAUGUUUGUGGACGAGAAGAUUGAAUGUGGGGAUGUAGGGACAGGAUAUGAGGACUAAAGCAAUGUCAUAAUCAUUGGUCGCUGCUAAACGGAUGGCUUAAAUUCAAAUAAAAACCUUUUUAAAUCAGAGAGAAAGUAAGCAUUCUUAGGUGAUGUGCUGGAAUCGGAAGAUUGAGGAAGUUGGCGAAGGAGCAUUAGAGGAUUUUGGAAAGUAUGCGGGAAGUGUCAUGCAGCAGAUCUGACUGAUGUCGGUCGGGGUCAGAUGGUCUUAUUCAGUAAAUUAUAGGUCAUAAUGGCCUCAAGUUUAAGCAGAUAAUUAGUGAACAGGGCAUUUGCUAUUCACCUUUUGUCAUCAGUCCUGGAGAAUGUUUUAGAGAAUUAACCAAUGACUAUACAAGUAAUGAAGAUUGUUUUGAAGCUACAGGCUGGAAAUAGUAGAUUUAAGAGUUUUUUGUUUUGUUUUGUGAAUAUAAUGUAUAAUCACACUUAUCUGAUUUACUGUACCAAACGUUAAUUUAAUGUGCAUUUCUGCAUUGCAUGAAGAUGUAGCUGAAACUGUUACUGUUGUGAGGUACAGUAAAAUAAAUGCAGACAG